AGGAAGUGGGCUUCCUGGGAGGAUUUUUGGAGUCCAGGUGGGGAGAAGCCGGCGUUCUCCGAGGGAGCGUCCCCGGCGCCGUCGCCUCCUUCCGUCGCCCGCCGCUGCCGGGAAGUGUCACCGGCGCCAUGGCCGAGUACUCCUACGUGAAGUCCACCAAACUCGUGCUCAAGGGGGCGAAGGCCAGGAGUAAGAAGAAGAAGAGCAAAGAUAAGAAAAGAAAAAGAGAAGAGGAAGAAGAAACCCAGCUUGAUAUCGUCGGAAUCUGGUGGACUGUAACAAACUUUGGUGAAAUCUCAGGAACCAUAGCCAUUGAAAUGGAUAAAGGAACCUAUAUACACGCACUGGACAAUGGCCUUUUCACCCUGGGAGCUCCACAUAAAGAAGUCGAUGAGGGCCCUAGUCCCCCAGAGCAGUUUACAGCUGUCAAACUAUCUGAUUCCAGAAUUGCCCUGAAAUCUGGGUAUGGAAAAUAUCUUGGUAUAAAUUCAGAUGGACUUGUUGUUGGGCGUUCAGAUGCAAUUGGGCCAAGAGAACAAUGGGAGCCAGUCUUUCAAGAUGGGAAAAUGGCUUUAUUGGCCUCAAAUAGCUGCUUUAUUAGAUGCAAUGAAGCAGGCGAUAUAGAAGCCAAGAGUAAAACGGCAGGAGAAGAGGAAAUGAUCAAGAUUAGGUCCUGUGCUGAAAGAGAAACCAAGAAAAAAGAUGACAUUCCAGAAGAAGACAAAGGAAAUAUUAAGCAGUGUGAAAUCAAUUACGUAAAGAAAUUUCAGAGCUUCCAAGACCACAAACUUAAAAUAAGUAAAGAAGAUAAUAAGAUUCUUAAAAAGGCUCGGAAAGAUGGAUUUUUGCAUGAGACACUUCUGGACAGGGUGAUCAUGAAUCACACUCCUUUACGUCCUGGGAAACAACUGAGAAACAGAUACAGACACCGAAAACCAUCAGUAUCAGCUUUAUUGCUGAUGACGUUGGGAUGGAGAAACCAGCUUGCACUUGAGGUCAAAACGGGAGAUGCCAUCUGCUCCUCUGAAAUGAAUUUGUGCCCUCAGCGCUUGACAAAUGCCAACCGCUUUCCGGGGGCACAGCCAGUGUCUAACAUGAGUAGGAGUAAACCAAGGGAGGGGAGGUGGCUGGGGAGGCCAGGACCAGUACUACUGGGGCAGGGGUCUCUGUUCCUUGAUGGCCUUCUCGCCACAUCUCCCAGGGCUCCUCUUUCAGCUGCCUCCUUCAGCGUCUCCACAGCCAUCGUGUUUAACACAGGGUCUUCAAGUUUGUUGGAAAGGUGCCAAUUCUGGGAAAUCUGGUCAAAGGCAGCAACUUCUUCCAGUCUUUCCAUCCAGGGCUGCUCCAGUGAGCUUACCACUGCGGGAGGGCAGGCCUGAAUGAGAAACACAGAGAGAGUCCAGGCCACACAUCCGUAGUGACCCUUGCAACUACUUACCAGUUAGGUAAGUCACUCCUUCCCUAGGGAGACAUGGAGGGGUUUGGGGAGAAAAAUCGAAGUUUUCUCCCAGAAAUGUCUGAUGGUAGAUCAGGUUUUCUGGGGCCUGGGGCUUAUAUAAUUGAGGGGCGGGGGGGUCCUUUUUAAGGAAAAGAAUAUCAAAUUUCAAAUGUAAAAUUAGGGAGAAGGCCUUUAUAGGGGUCUCUGCAGGUGAAUCUCCUGAAAGUUAAGCUUCGGUAGCUUCACAGUAAACCCUCCUCUAUUUUUACGUGCUUAUCAGCUAGGAGGCUCUUACCUUUGCCAUCCAGUCCAUUCUGACUCAUAGUGACCCUACAGGAUGUUGUAAGAUACAAUAAUUGUACUCACAAACAAGCCGACCAGAAGUGCCUUAAGCAACACAGGAGAGGGGUGGCUCAUGCAAACGAGGAGGCCAGUUGUUGGGCAGGCUCCAAAGUUGGUCGCUCUAGCAUCUUAGCAAAGUCUUCGAUGACCCAGUUUCUUUCCGUCUCUCCACUCUACUGUCUGCGGCGUCUAUUUCAUCCUUAGGCGGCUCCUUCAAGUUUACAGUAUGAAUGCCAGCAGCCCUGAGGACUACUAGCUUACUCAUUUCUGUAAGAAGAGAGAGCCCCCCAGACACCCAGCUAACCCGGAACUGACGCCACUCCCAAAGUCCACCUUUCAGCCAAAGGUUAGCCAGGCCUAUAAAACAAAGAGUAACACGCAUGAGGAACGUGCUUCUUAGUUCAAUCAAGUAUACAAGACCAAAUUGGCAACACCUGCCCAAAAGCAAAGGCGAGAAGGCAGGAAGGGACCGCAAACCUGGAUGAAUGGACAUGGAGAACCCGGGGUAGAAAGGGAAAGGGGAAGAGUGCUGACACAUUGCGGGGAUUGCAGCCCAUGUCACAAAACAUGUUGUGUUUAAACCUGUUGAAUGAAUUCACACUGUAAACUUUGACCUAAAACAUAAUUAAAAAAAAAAACACACACACACACACACAUACA